AAGUUUUGUUUGUAAUCAAUGCUAUUAAUUCCUUAAUUUUUUUAAUCAUUUUAUUAACACCUAAAAAUGGAUUCUGCAGUGAAAAAUAAGUCUAUCACACAGCCUAAGACUAUGGCGGAAUUAUUACCUGGACUAUGUGGUAUACUAUCAAAGGAUGCAGUUCACACUCUUACGGCUAAAAAACAAAAUCGACCCACUACGAUUCAAUCACGAACUGCUGAGAAAGCAUUAAAACCAAUGACUAUUGCGCAAAUGAGGGGUGAUAUAUUAGCAUUAAGAGUACAGUCACCUAGAAAAUUUGCAUUACCCACGGCUUCGGCUAAGAAAAGGCAUUGGAAUUCAUCAGUGAAAGUUGAGAACAAAAGCAAAAGUCACACAGCAGAUGGACAAAUGAAGUAUAAUUCAGUUAGGAAAGUCCUUAAUUUUCAAUCUAAGCCAAAACCACCUAAUACUACCAGAGCAACAAUGGCAACAUCUGAAACUAUUACAUUUCCUAAACCAGAAAUAAAAGCAAAGAAAUCACUACAUAUUCCAAGCAAGAACAGUGUGAGGAUUAGUGGAAUAUGUCAUAUACCGGAAACACCUGUUAUAUCAAAUAAAGUUAAUAAAAACCGUAUGACAAUUCAGCAACAAAUCAACAAGGAGAAUAACUCAUACUUUGCUAAUUUAAACAAAAAGCUUGCAGCUCCUAAGCUCCACAAUCUCAAAAAACUUGUUACCAAACCUGAAACACCAAUUGCAAAUAUGUCAUUUAAAUCGAACAGCGAUGCCAGCUUUUUAGAAAAAGAAAAAGAAAUAAAUGAGAUAGAAGAGAAAACAAAAGCUCUGGCAGAAGAACAAACCUUGGAAAACAUUGCAGAAGUAACACCACCUGUAUCAACACCAUUCAAAGAAUACAGGAAUGUUCAGGAAUUUUUCAACCAUACAGCUGAAUCUGAUAAUUCAGCUCUGUACAAUGACACAAUUAUGUGUUUUGAAAAAAUGUCUGUCAACAACGAAAUCAAGAGGGAAGAGAGUGUCAUAGUUUCUCUUUGUGAUAUGUUAAAUAAAGCUGCCGUUACAAACUCCGAUAAGAUCAGCACUGAACUCGAAGAUUUACUUGAAGUGGAGAAGCAAACAGAAAAGAAUAUAAAAAUGAUUGAAAAUGGUAUUAAAACAUUGAAACACAUCAAAGAAUCACAACUUAAAUCUUUGCAAUUUGUAAGAAAAUUAAUAAAUGAAAAGAGGAUACAAAAAGUUUCCGAGAGUGAAAAGGAUAAAACAUUAGUCCAAAAUAAUAAUGAACUACUUAAAAGUGAGCCAUGUAUAAAAGAAACAAAUUCAGAAACAAGCCCUAUGUUGAGCAGGCCAUCGGUUAUAAAAGUAAAAUCACCAUCUUAUAAAAUACCUAAAAAAAGUCUGUGCAUGAGAAAAAAAGUAUUUCACAAGUCUAUGCCAAAUGUAACUGAUGGAAUGCAAACUCCAAUUAAGAGCACGGACAAAGCAAUGAACAUGUACAUGGAAAUGAAAGAGAAAAUGAACUUCCUUAACACACCAUUAGUGAAACAUUGUAACAUAGAACCCCCAGACACACCUGCCGUUACAUCACACAAUUUACAAGUGCAAUUAGACAAACUAUUCAAUGGAAGCUAAAACUUGAUAGCACUCUCCAAAAUACUGGAGUGUGCUAAUAUUUAUUUUCGAUUAAAUCAACUAACAUUCA